CAUCAUCUACAUCGCCAUCACUCUUCAUCAUCACUCAUUUAUUCAUCCUCUUCAUCGUUGUCAUGUCUCGUCGAAAGCAGUCCAACCCGAACAAAGUGAAGCUAAUGGAUAGUUUAAUGGAGGACAAAAAGACAAAAGAAGAGGUCAGCAUCACUAAGGGGGCUCAGAAAUCAGAGGAGAUGGAGAAACACAAAGAGAGUCAGAGAGAGUCGGAAGACAGACUACAGGACGGUCAGAUCCGAGAAGACGACGAGAUGGAGGGAUCAGACGGAGCUGAUCUGUCAUCUAUUAACUCAAUGAUGAGCAAUGUGAUGAAAGCAGCUCAGCUAAAUGGAGAAGUGGAGGUUCCUAUCAAAACUCCCAACAAGACUUCCAGUAAGAGUCCCAGCGCCACCCGCUAUGCCAGAAAGAGCCAGGAAGCUAAUGACGAUGCAUCACCUCUUGUCUGCCCACUGUGUGAAAAGAUCUGUCAGAACCAGCACCAGCUUACCAUGCAUAUUCGCCAGCAUAACACAGAUACAGGAGGUACAGAUCACUCCUGCAGUAUUUGUGGAAAGUCCCUGAGCUCUGCCAGCUCUCUGGACCGACACAUGUUGGUACACAGCGGUGAAAGACCCUACAAAUGCAGGGUGUGCGGCCAGACCUUCACCACCAAUGGCAACAUGCACAGACACAUGAAGAUCCACAAUAAAGAUCCCGCCAUGUCCGUCCCAACCAGCCCUCCAUCACCCAUUAAACGGAGACGCUCAUCUACUGCUAUUUCCAAAAGGAAACCCAGUCAAAAUGAUGACGGAGAGCGAACUGAUGAGCCUGCCAGCAAAAAGGUUGCUGAGGAUACUGGAGGGGAUGAGCCAAUCCAGAGCAAGGGGCAGGAGGAGACGCUGCCAUGCCCCAUCUGCUUCAAGAAUCUCAGCUGUAAAUAUGAACUGGAAACUCAUAUGGAAACCCACCCUGAGUCUGCACUAAGGUGUGAGCUCUGCUGUAUCUCAUUUCGGACUCACAGAGGAUUGGUCCGUCACAAUGUGGCUAUCCAUAAGCAGCUGCCCACUGACCCUAACGGACGACCAUUCAUUCAGAACAACCCCUCUAUAGCUCUGGGAUUUGAUGAUCUGGCCUUCAUUGACUUCUCCUGCCACAAAUUCCCACACAUUGCCCAGCUUUGGUGUGAAACCAAUCUACGACGCUGCACCAGCAACCUUCAUCGAUUUGUGUGUGAGACCUGUGACAAAGCAUUCCCUUUGCGUUUGGCUUUAGACCUGCACAAGUCCACACAUGAAACUUCCAAAGCCGCUCAGGAGUCUGUUUCUUCCAAGUCAUCUACUGUAGACUCUGCAGUCUCUCACAAAAGUAGCUUUAUGGAUUCUCUGGGUUUGCAGCAUAUCUCUAAGAUCAAACCCGUGCCCUCUGAGAGCGAAGCCUUGCAGGCAGAGCUUGAUAGUAUUCGAACCAUCCACGUGGAUCCUUCAUCAGUCCCCAAGGAGACUGGCAUCAUUGGCGGGUUUGGUUUGUCUUUGGUGGAUCCAUCUUCUCUCCGGGGUCUCCCCCAGCACGAGGCCCUUAAACUUCUGUCUUUACAGCCCUUUCAGACUGGUUUUCUUGUCCAGCCUGAUGGUGGCAUGGUAGUAAAGCCAGUCAGUGGUGAGACGGGAAUGGAACUGGCUGACAUAAAGCAGAUCCUCAAAGUGGCUUCUGCCGCGCCGAAUCAGAUCAGCCUUCCACCCUUGUCCAAGGCGCCGUGCAGUGCAAUGCAGACAGGCUUCAAGCAGAUGCCCCCACUCAAACAAAAACCCCUGGUGGCUCCCAGGACCAACAUGACAACUUCAACCCUUCCUCCUCUUCUAAGCACCCAGCAGGCAUCACUAGGUUGCAUAAGCCCCAGCCUACCACCUCCUGCUGGUCAUUCCCUAAACGCUGCCAAGAAACUGUCUCCAUCCUCAUCUUCAUCAUCAUCUUCAUGCAACCAGGCAUCUAUUGAAAAAAUGCAAAUGGAAGCAGAGUGCAUGGGUGAUGCCCACACACCUAUGGAGACAGACGAGCAACAAACCAAGCAGGCCGAAGACAACACAAAUGAGUCACCUACAAAAAAGGGAGUAGGUCGCAAAGGUUCUUACUCCUGUCGUUUUUGUGACCAAGUCUUCGCAUAUUCUGGGGUACUUCAGGCACACGUGCGUUAUCAUCUCGGCAUCUUGCCCCAUCAGUGCAAUAUCUGUGACUAUGUUGCCCCAGACAAAGCCACGCUGAUCCGUCAUCUACGCACCCACAGUGGGGAGCGGCCUUACGUCUGCAGAGUCUGUCAUUAUCCCUUCACCGUUAAAGCCAACUGUGAGCGCCACCUUCGCAAGAAGCACAUGAAGAACAAUCGUAAGGACAUUGAGAAAAAUAUAAAGUAUGUUACCUCAUCCACUUCCACACCCGACGCUUUAGAACAGGUCGGCUCAGGUGAGACUACCUGCCGUUUAUGCAAUGAAGACCUGAAGACCUCACGAGCCCUACAGAACCACAUGCAUAACCAUAAUGGCUACCAGCAAAAGCCAUUUGAGUGCAAACGCUGUGGAGCAGCCUUCCUGGCUAAACGAAAUUGUAUCCACCACCUACUGAAACAGCACCCUGAGGUUAAAGAGCAGGAAAUCGAAGAGCAAAUAGCCACCCUCCUUUCUGCUCCUUCUCAGACUAGUCCUAACCACUCUCCACUCAGUGGCAUUUCACCAAGUGCUUUGAUUCAUCCAAUUAAAGUGGAGGACCUGAGCUUUUAUGGUGUAGAUCAGGACCAACCAUUAGACUUUUCAAACAAAAAACGAGGAAGUACUAAUUCUGGAAGCAUCGCUGUUUCUCCUGGGAUCAAGGUGGAACAUGUCACUUAUGGAGACUCUAUGGAGCCUAUUGAUCUUUCUAUUCCCAAGAAUCCAGAAAAGAAGAUUAAGUCCGAUAUGCAAGCAGUGUUGCCUCAAGAAGUGAAGAAGGAGCAACCAUCCUUUAAAAUAAUGGAUCACCAACUUUCCCAGGGCAUGUUCAAUGACAGACCUAUUGAUGAGAAGUCCCAACAGUUAGGGUGCUACCAGCUCCCCAUAGCCUUAACCACUCUUAAAGCUGCCAAUGCAACAAGUCGGGUCUUGCGUCUAAAGCCCCUGCUACCCAAACCUACUUCUGCUGGUGUGAAGGAGCUGCCACCAUUGGCCUCUAUCGCCCAGAUUAUCUCCUCUGUCGUCGGUGCCCCUGACCUCCUGAAACGAGAGAACUCCAACAGCUGUCCGUCUGAUUCUGAUGCAGCAUCUAAGCCAGAGGUCCUAGACCUCCCAACCAAGGACUUUCCCAAAGAGGGAUCCAAAAGGAAAAGCAAUAAACAGUCACCUGCGAAGACAGCUAAGGUAAAGCUUGCACUGAAUACAACAGACACCAGUAUUGAUCUCGAGUCCAGUGGGGAAUUUGCCAGUGUAGAAAAGAUGCUUGCCACCAUCGGUGCCAACAAGUUUAGCACCUACUUGCAAACCAACACAAUCGAGCAAGCGAGAAAAGAAGGUGAACAAUCAUGCCAGAGCGACAAGAAAGAGGCUAAAGAUGAAAAACCAGCCAAACAGAACUCACAGCCCCAGCAGUCCAAAGGGAAAAAAAAUGCAUACUCAAACUCAGUGCAAAAGAUGAUCUGCCCAUUCUGUCCCCGAGUCUUUCCAUGGGCCAGCUCACUCCAGCGCCAUAUGCUGACGCACACAGGUCAGAAGCCGUAUCCCUGUCCCAAAUGUGAAGCCCUGUUCUCAACCAAGUCUAACUGUGAGCGACAUCUUUUGCGUAAGCAUGGCGUAACCAGUAGAAUCCUUCGUCACAAUGGUGGCUUACCCAAAACCAAGGACUCAGAGGACGGCUCACCAGAUAGUGCAGAGAGCAUGUCUGAGACCGAGUUUCCUAACUACGAGGCAAUGGAACUAAUUAAUUAUGAGUCCGACAAGCAGCCCGUCUCCGAUGCUGAGAAACCCUCCCCUGCCAAGCCAACAGAGGCAGCUGCAGUGAAGCUUGUUCUCCACCAGGAGGUGCACGAGGACCAUGACAUUAAUGAGUACCUGGACACGAGAAGCUCAGACUAUGAAGACGAUAGCAACAGCAAUAAAAGCUUGGAUCUGAACUUUGCCACCAAACUGACUGACUUCAAGUUCUCUGAGAAUGACCAGCCAAAAGCACUCAAGUUCUCUGAUGAUGAACCUCCGAAAUCCUUGUUAUCCGGGGAUAGCAGCUCACACGAAAGAACCACUCAACAGGAAGAUUCCAAGCUGACCUGCAAGAGCUGCAACAAGAGCUUUCGCUAUGCUGCAACCCUGGCACGACACGAGAAAGUUCACCAGCAGGAAAGUGCAGCGGAUACACCUGUUGCAGACUCCAGUGUAGAAGACUGUGAGGCAAGAACCGAGGAAAUAGAUGAGGAAGUUGAGAAAUUUGAACAAAAGGGGGCGGCAGAAAGUGAAGGAGCCGGCAGCGUAGCGGACAGCGGCUCUGAGGAGGAGAAGGAGGAGAAGGACGAGAGGAGUGAUGAAGAGGAAGGCGCAGUUGAACCAAAGAGUGGUGAGGGGGAGCCUGAAAUAUCCAGAGGCAAAAGUGACAGGAGGAAGAAGCUCUGUGAUGUGUGUAACAAACGCUUCUGGAGUUUACAGGAUCUCACCAGACAUAUGCGCUCUCACACUGGUGAACGACCAUACAAAUGUCAGACCUGCGAGCGCACGUUCACCCUGAAGCACAGCCUGGUCCGACACCAGCGCAUACACCAGAAACCUCGCGGUGCAGACGGAUAUUUGGGUAGAGCUGGAGAGGAGGAGGGAUUCAGCGGCCGCUCGGCCAGCGAGGAGGAAUCCGCCGCCACCAGCACCAACCCUCCAUCCGAGAACGAGAGCGAAGUCGUAAAGAAGGAGAACAAGUCUACGUCAAAAGUAUGCAAAAAGAGACUUGAUAAGGAUGCACGUGUGACCGAGAAGCCAGAAACGGCACCGGCUACAGCGACACCCAAAGAGCCUCCAGCGGAACAGCAUGACGAGCAACCGGAGGGCUAUCUCCACGGCCUGCUGGAGAUCCACACCAAGCCUAACAACGAGCUCGGUCUUCCCAAAGGCGAGCCCCCUCUGCUGGGCGUCGAGUGAAAAGCAGCUCCAGUACUCAUCCGGAGUAGUGCCAUACAAUAUUUUUUUAUGGAAAACUGAACUUUUUCUUAAGAAACAGAAAAUAACAUUUUCAAGUGCCUUGCUACUUUUUGGCGAAAUCUUUAUCUACUACCAUAUGAUCUAGUUCAUUUUUUAUAGAAUUUUUAUAAAGAUCUUUUUUUUGAAAGCCUUAAGCAAUAAAUGGAUGAUUGACUGUGAUUGAAUGAGUGAAUGAGUGGACAUAUAAGGCUGAGAAGAAGCUGGUAUAUGGCUACUGAGACUACUACUGUGUGGCUUGCGAGCAUGACUGGAAAAUGUAAAUCUUUGCUUACUCUUCAUAGCACUGUUCAAGGAUUCAAUGGCUUUAGUUUUCUUCAGUCAUAGAAACUCUAUAGAGUAUCUGAAACGAUGAACUGUUUCAGUUGUGCCGUGUGUAUUAGGUAUCAGAGGGCAUGACGAGUUGCAAAGGCAUUAGUGUGGAAUACAAAGCUGCAACCAGUCUUAUGGGUGACCCUUAGAGUGGCGUGCAACUCUUUCAUCCUGUAAUGUAUGGGCAAUAUUUGCCUACGAUAGCAUCUUCCAGCUACGCUGACCAUGUCAGACAUCCUGUUUUACCCUUCAGUUUUUGGAAGAAAGUGAAGGACAGGUUUUUUUACUGAGGGAAGUGCAGUGUUUUAUAUAAAGGGCUCUUUAAAAGGGUUCUAGUAUCACCUACAGGAAACACAAAAAGUACCCACACUAAUAGAUCUGACAUAUCUACAAAAUAAUUGGGUCCAGUGUUCAAGUCUUCCAACAGCCCUCUACUCCAGGCCUUACUAGUGUUGUUCAGAGGUUACUGACAGACCUCCUGUACUGAAUGAUUAUCAGACACUAAUGAGCUUUUUUUUUUACCAGUCUUAUUUACUUGAAAGCUGUCACCCUGCUGCCCUGUGUCUGGAUAUGACACCAGUUUCAGGUCCUUCCUAACCCUGAGGUUAAUUAUCAUUAUUUGUGUUGGGUAUGUCUUUUUACUUCAUCUCGAUCUACUGGAACUGAAGCGUAUGUGUGAUUAUUACAGACCACAAGAAAUGAAUAAUAACCUGUUCAGUGGAAACACAAUCAUAAUGGAAGUCCAUGGGCACUUGUGAGGUGAUUUUAAAAAGGUUUUAACUGGCUCUAAAUAAUUUGGAGCUGAAUGGCUAAAGCCUAGUCCACUCUAACACAGAUUUUUAAGGGGCGACAGUGGCGCAGUGGGUAGCGCCUCACAGCAAGAAGAGUCGAUUGUAGCUACUGAAAAUUGCCCCAAGUGUGAAUGUGUGUGAGUGAAUGUGUGUGUCCGCGCUGUGAUUGACUGGUGACCUGUCCGUUGUGUUUCCUGCCUCUCAUCCAGUGAAUCAGUCCCACCAUGACCCUGACCAGGAUAAAACGGUGGUAAAACAGACAAUAAAUUAAUGAAUGAAUGCAGUUUACAGUGGCACCAUCAGACACAUGACUAUAUUGAUAAUCAAGUUAUUUUGCUUCAUAAACUAUAAGGAUUUAAAGCUUUAUUUACAAAUAGCCUUAAGACAAUUACCUUGAGAACUGCCCAUGAACUUUCAUUCUAACCGGGUUUCCAUUAGAUAACCGCUACAGGACAACAUUUUAAAAUCACUGUUUGUGCCCAUCACAUCAGAAAAGCAGUAAAUAGAGAUUCGUUUCCAAUUAUUUUGCUUUCAGCUGUGAACAUUUGAACAUCAGAUUCAAAGUGAACCUCAAAAACAUUACAACUGCACGUCCAUUGCCAGUGGUCGUGUAGAGUAAAUGAUGGCAACAUUGCCUGUUUUGUUUUUAUACUUCACACUUAGUCGAUGAUUUCACUUUUUUUUUUAUUUCAGCUUGGUGUCAUUUCUGGUGUCAGAGCAUUUAAACAGAGUAUUAAAAGUGAGGUUUAUAGAGUAGCUAAUGAGCAAUCCUGUGUAUGAGGGCGUAUUUCCUCACCACAGUGGCCACUAAUACAAGGCUAGUGUCGAAUGAACUUGAAUGAAUAAUACAAUCUCUUUUCUCAGUCUAUCAUAUGGGGGCUCGGUUGCACCUUUUGCCUUGUCCUGCAUUGCUCAGUGUGUUUGCUCAGUGUGUUUGUGUGUAUACUUGUGCUGUGUGUGUGUGUGUGUAUAAGGAUUCCUGCACACAGGCUGUUUUAAAUGUAUUUAUUGUAUAGCCCAGUGUGGGUAAAGAAGUAAAUCUGGAGAAGCCAUGUAUUAAUUAUGCUGCAAAGAGAAAUUAUUCAAUACUUUAGUAACCCAGAUUUGAACUGGGACUUUCUAGCAAUAAUCACUAUUGAUCCAAAGCUUUAACUAGACGUUUUUAUGUUUUAUAGACUGUGUGGUCUGAUGUUUUCUUUCGUCUUUUGUUUGCUAUAAUUAUCAUUAUAUUAGUUUGGAGAUUAAAUUAGUUGUUUUAUAUAUAUAUAUAUAUAAUGCAUAUAAAACUGUGAAAUGAUCAUUAU